UAACAACGCAAGGGAGAAGCUGGUGAAAGAGGGAAGAGCUAUGAAAAAGCGAGGGAGAAGGUGAAAUCUCAGCAGCACAGAGAAGAGGCCAAACAAGCAGGAGCGGAAGGAUGAUCGGAGGUAAAAGCGCUGAUCAGUGAGGUCUCCAGAGAGGGAGAGGAGAAGAAGGAGAUGAGCAGCGAGAGGGGGGUAAGCAGCCAGCACACACAACAUCCAUCAGCUCAGGCAGCCAUGCUCUGAGCCCUGGAGCAGCAGGGCUACGCAGACACUGCACGGGCCCCACAUCAGGCCUAUAGCUCAGCUCUCCAUCCCGGCCAGCAACACCGGGGCAGGGACAAAACAAGAUUCCCUUCACAACACCUGUGCAUAAAAGCCAUGAGGACAGCCAGGAAGGGCAGUGUAGAGAUGCCUGCGUUUGUGCGCCAGCUGGUGAAAGAAACAGAAAAGAGGGUCAGCUCUUUCUUCAAAGGGGGCCGUGGAGGAACAGCAGAAGGAGAGCAGCAAGGGGAGGGGGAGAAGGAGGAGGUCAUCCCCAGUCCCUACUUAGACAGGCCAGUCCUGGACAAGCUCACAGAGGAGGGCUGCGCCCGCUGGGGCCUCACCUAUGCCCUAGGUAGUAUGCAGGGCUGGAGGGCCAACAUGGAGGACUUCCACAACUGUGUGCCACAGCUGGGUGGAGAGCUAGCUGACUGGAGCUUCUUUGCAGUGUUCGAUGGCCAUGCAGGCAGCACGGUGGCUCAGUACUGCUCCCAACACCUUCUGGGUCACAUCCUGGCUACGGAUGGAAUAGGACCAGAAGAUGACCCACCAAAAGUGAAAGGGGCCAUUGAAGAGGGCUUCCUCCAGACAGACAAGCACCUGCACUCUGUGGCCCGUCGAGAGGGCUGGGAGAGGGGCGGCACCACUGUGGUGGCCACUCUCAUUUCGCCAUAUUACAUCUACUUUGCCAACUGCGGUGACUCAAGGGCCAUGCUGUGCCGGUCUGGGCAGGUCUGCUUCUCCACUGAGGACCACAAACCUUACAGCCCUCUGGAGAAAGAACGUAUUGAGAGCGCGGGUGGCUCCGUGUCCUUCCAACGAAUCAACGGCUCCUUGGCAGUGUCACGCGCUCUGGGAGACUUCGGCUACAAGGGGGCAGAGAACCGGACCCCGAGCCAGCAGAUGGUUUCACCUGAGCCAGAAGUGUGUGUGGUGGAGCGCUCGCCGGCAGAUGAAUUCCUGGUGCUCGCCUGUGAUGGCGUGUGGGACACCAUCAGCAACGAGGAGCUGUGCGCCUUCAUCCACAACCGGCUGCGUGUCUGCACCGACCUGAGGGACGUCUGCACUCAGGUCAUUGACCUCUGCCUCUAUAAGGGCAGCUUGGACAACAUCAGCAUCAUCCUGCUGUGCUUCCCUGGAGCCCCCCAGCUGUCAACAGAGGCAUUACACCAGGAAGCUGAGCUGGAGGACCUGCUGGAGUCCAAGGUGGCAGAGAUUUAUGAUGAGCUGUGUGCCAGAGGGGAAGAGCCUGAGCUGCUGUCCGUCCUCACAGUUCUUGCAUCCACUGUCAUCCCUGGAUUACCACCAGGUGGAGGCAUACAGAGCAAGAGGAACUGCAUUAUCUCUGCUUACUAUCAACAACGUGAUGCGCACAAGCCCAUGAUACCAAAUGUGAGUGACAGUUACAAUUAGGUCCAUACGUGUUUCUUCAGCUUUAAUUAAAGAGGCUUUACAACAGGAUUUACAAUAAUGUGCAAACCACUGGUUACAGUCAAAAACAAGAAUGCAAGAUUAGACAUUGCCCGAAAAACACGAUGCGAAAAAAAAAUAUCUUUGGAAAGAUGAAAUCAAGAGAAACGUGUUAUGGCAUGGGCCUGUAAUAGAAGCAGCAGGAUGAACUAUGAGUGUACAAAGCUGUACUCUCAGCUCAGGUUCAGCCAAAUGCUGCAAAACUGAUCAGGCAGCACUUCACAGUGCAAAAAGAUAAGGACCUAAAGCAUUGUGCAAAGGCAACCCAAGAGUUUCCUAAAGCACAGAAAAGGAAUCUUUUUCAAUGGCCAAUUCAGUCAACUGAUCUCACUGGGACAGAGCAUGCUUUACUGAAGUGACUGAAGACAAUAGUGAUGGCAGAAAGACCCACAGUCAAGCUGCAAGUGAAGGCAACUGCAGUUUGGAAGAGCAUCUCAAGGGAGGAAACAGCAUCUAAUGGUGUCAGGGGCCUCUCUGUCUGCAACCAGGCAAAGGAUUUUUACCUCAGUCAUAAAAACAAUCUUUAUAUGCACAUUUAUGGUAAAACCAUGUCUGCACAGUCAAUGCAAACUUUUUUGAUAAACCCCUUGAAUUAAAGCUGAAAGGCUGCACUGCAAUUAUAUCUUGAUUGGUUGAUGUAAAUAUCCACUGUCAUGAUGUAGAAAGGCAAAAAAAAACAACUAAUGGACCUAACAAUAUAAGUAAAAAGACAUGUUCAGGGUCUGGGAGGCUCUUGAGAAGGCCAAGGGAUUUAGAUUUUGUCUCCAAAGUUCCUCAAAGGAAAGGGACUGUAAUAAAUGUGAAUAUUAAACCUGUUUUUUUUUUUUCAUGUGUGCAGUUUCACAACAAGACAAUGGUGUUUGUUAGCGAGCACCAUCUUGUCAUGACAAAAAAAAAAAUGCAAAAACAGAUCUAGUAAAGCCUGAUACUUUAUAUUUAUACAAGAAAGAUAUUUUGUAAAAAUGACUCAGAGACACUGACCCAGCAACCAAACCUCAACCUCAAUAAAAAGAAAGUGCAGAUGACAAAUUGAACUGAAUAACAACCAACUGUGACAUAGUUUGUUUUCAUUGGAUAAAAUAAGAAAGAUUAGUACAUGCAGGGUUGCAUUUUGAAAAUGAUGAUUUAAGACUAUACAUAUAUGUGUGUGUGUGUGUGUGUGCGUGCAUGUGCGUGUGUGCAUGUGUGUGUGCGCGUGUGUGUGUAUUAAAGAAUGAACAGGUUUACCUUUCCUCUUCAGGAAACAUUGUCACCAUUAAAUAAAACCUAGCAUGCAGCUAACAUGUGUCCAUUUGUUGUGACAGGAAAUGCUAGUAGUUCAUGAGACAGCUCGUGGGGAUGCACACAAUCUUUUUCCCUCGUUGCUGUAAGUGAAAGGCAAAUAAACUCAUUAGAUAUCUGACUCUACUCACAAUUCAUGUCACGGGAUCUAAAAACGUUUUGACAAAGUGUUUUACAUUUUCAAAAACAAGAACAAAAUAUGUCAAAUUUGAAAUACUUACAAAUGGAACUAAAAGUCUCCCCCCUAAAAUGUGUCCCGCUGUGAUUACUGUCUAAAUUUACAUGAAUACGUUCAGCAUGUACACAAUUUGCAAUUCUUUCUAAACAUAUAUUAUUUCUAAACACAUUCAAAGGUAAAGUUUACAUGAAAUGGGAUUUUCUCCAUGAACUGAUGCCUUAUUCCCCUUUUUUUUACAGCUGACAAAACAAACAGCACUAGAGUGGGUCAGUUUCUGGAUGAGUUAUUUUACUGCUUACUGCAUUGUAACAUUACGUCAGCGAGUCAUUUUCUGUGUUACGUUAAGGAAAUUACAUUAAGUGUCACUAUUGUUUUAAAUCUAAAUAAAGAAUAUUUGUCUGAUGA